ACAAUAAAAUACAAUACAAUAGAAUAAAAUAUAAAAUUUAAAAAAAAAGUACCAUGCUGAGCACGAAAUGGGAGGAAGAUAAACUACUGGUACUACAAAUGCAUGUCCAUCAUAAUGGAAAGAGUGUAUGCAUUCUUACAUUAAAAGUGGGGGCUGACUGGAUUUGUGCUAUUUUUCUAUACUGCGAGCCUACACGUGGAUUUUAUGACAUCAGCACUGCACCAGUCUCCUAGGCUCCAUAACCCAAAAAGUAAAAAACACUUGUCUUUUUCUUUACCGCGAACUACAUUUGAGUUGUGAAUUGGCUACACUUUAUUUUGAAUGUCUUGACCGGAACACUUGUAUGCAUUGUAACUGGUGUUUAUUUAUCUAUUUACCCCCUCUCUCCGUGGACAUAUUUUUGAUAAGGUAUCUGAGUUGGUGUUUCUCAACCAGAGGCGAAGGGAACACGAUAACAUGUGGACAUUUUUCUACCCAAGGUUUGAAUUGUGAUAUAGUCACGCGGACACAUGGAUACAGUUGGUGGAGACAACUGGCCAAGACGCAGAAGGACCAAGCGAGUCAUUUUCAGGCAGCAGAAGAGAGCACGGGUGGAGGAGGGUAGUGUGCUGCGGUGUGUGAUCGUGGGAAAUAGAGACCAUGACAUGGAGAAGAACACGGUUGCCUUCAAGCAUGAGAGCCUAGAGCGGAGGGUCACAACAACCCGCUACAGUAUUUUGAGAGAGAUGGGGAGGGGUACAUACGGAAUCGUGUACGAAGCGGGGGCUCGGAGGUCCUGUGCUAAAGUUGCUGUGAAGAACGACGCACCGGAAAAAGUGGAACUCGCCUUGCAGGAAUUCUGGGCUUUAGCGGGCCUGGAGAAAAGGCACGAGAAUGUGUUUCAGCGGGAAUAGUGUGUGCUGAAGAGGAACAGUAUGGCCCAGAAAAUGAGUCACUGGAACAAACUGUCCAAACAGUACCUGCGUCUGGUAGAGACUUCAGUAAAAGUUGAGAGAGUGAUCAGUCCUCCAGAGGAGCCUUGUUAUCUCUGGUUCAUCUGUGAAGCCGGCGACCUCAACCAGUUUAUCCUGUCUCGGCAGCCUGACCCACAAAAUAAAAGCUUGACCAGUGCUGUCGCUUUCCUGCAUGAAAAUGAUAUUGUUCAUCAAGAUCUUAAACCUGAAUGCCAGAAUGGAUCAGGUUAUAUGUGCUCCUUGACCCUCAACCAAGAAGAUUUACAGACUCCUCACUCCCUCCCUCGUGUGUGUUCCACCCUGGUGAUUGUCAGCUCCUCCCCGAUUGCGUCCCAGCAUUUCUUUCUGAUAGCUUUCUUGUUGCCGACCACUGCCUGUUUAACGGUUCUCGUCUCUGCCUUGUCCCUGCCGGAUCUCCUGCACCUUCGCCGACUGCCUGCCUGUGUACCGACCCUGGACCUUUACUUUUACGAACUCUGCUUCUGCCUGCUCCCUGUUGGAUUCACGUGCUCGUGUCUGGACUGCCUUUACGUGUUCAUUAUUUCAGAAGUAAAACUUGUUAACUGCUCCUACCUGUGCCUCCGUGUUGUGCGAUUGGAUCCUCACACCACACUGCACCCCUUACACGAACGUGAUCCACAGUUCCGCUAA